AUGGAACGUCAACAAUGGAGUAUCCUCCUAACAAUAUGUGCCACUCUCAUCCAAGCAUUUUUAACAGCAAACUCCCUCCCAGAAGCUGAUAAAAUCACCAGUUUGCCAGGUCAGCCACAAGUGAGUUUCCAGCAAUAUGCAGGAUAUGUAACUGUGGAUGAAAAGCAACAAAGGGCACUCUUCUACUACUUUGUUGAAGCAGAAACUGAUGCUGCUUCAAAGCCUCUUGUUCUUUGGCUAAAUGGAGGUGAGCUUACCAUUCACUUAUUUGCAUCAUUUAGAAAUCUUACUAGAUUAUGUGAGUGUGUAUAUACACGUAAGCGAGCGUACUUUCAUACAUGUAAGAAGUUUCGAGUUAGAAUUGUAGCAUUAAAGAAAACCGUGAACAUAUAUCUUCUGGGCUGCAAUUUUAUGAUUAGAAGCUUUCAAGGCCUGGCUGCUCAUCUGUUGGAGCUGGAGCCUUCAUUGAGCAUGGACCUUUUAAACCAAGUGGGGGACAUUCUGCUCAAGAAUGAUUUUAGUUGGAACAAAGAAGCAAAUAUGCUCUACUUGGAGUCACCUGCAGGAGUUGGCUUCUCCUACUCUUCAAACCAAUCAUUCUAUGAUUUUGUGAAUGAUGCUAUAACAGCAAAUGAUAAUCUCAUGUUCCUUGAGCGCUGGUUUGACAAAUUCCCAGAGUUCAAGAACAGGGAUUUCUUCAUCACAGGAGAGAGCUAUGGAGGCCACUAUGUUCCAGAGCUUGCACGUCUGGUUGUCCAAUCGAAACUGAAUUUCAAUCUCAAGGGCAUAGCAAUAGGCAACCCCCUUCUGGACUUCAACACUGAUUUCAACACAGGGGCAGAGUACUACUGGUCACAUGGAUUAAUAUCAGAUGCCACCUUUGAAAGUUUCACCUCUGUUUGCAACUAUUCUCAAAUGCUUAGGCAGAUAAUUAAUACUGGUAAACUUAGCCCUGCUUGUGCUGCAGUAUAUAACCAAGUUCAAACAGAAAUCAGUAACUUUAUCAAUCAAUACGAUGUUACUCUUGACGUCUGUUUAUCCUCCGAUGCUGCUCAAUCUCGGAAGCUCACUCAACUGCAAGAAACAGAGAAGAUAGAUGUCUGUCUUGAAGAUGAAACAAUUAAAUACUUAAACCGGCAAGAUGUACAGGAGGCACUUCACGCUCGGCUUAUUGGAGUCUCGAAUUGGACCAUUUGUAGCGAUGUCGUCAGGUAUAAUCGGCAAAGCAUGGAAAUAUUAAUGCUUCCUGUUUUGGGUUACCUUUCCCGGUCUGGAAUCCGGAUUUUGGCUUACAGUGGAGAUCAAGAUUCUGUUAUCCCACUAACUGGGACACGGACAGCGGUGGAUGGAUUGGCAGAGGUCUUGGAACUGAAUACGACUGUGCCUUACAGAGUCUGGUUUGAAGAAAAACAGGUUGCUGGAUGGACACAAGUAUACGGUGAUGUUCUAUCGUUCGCCACUAUAAGAGGAGCAGGUCAUACAGCUCCAUAUACACAGCCAGAGAGAUCACUGCUUCUAUUUAGUUCAUUUCUGGGAGGAAAGCCACUGCCAGAAGCACUCACUCACUGA